AUGUACAAGCCGCGGUCGCUGUGGGAGAGCGGGUUCCUGGGGAUCGUCGCCGCCCAGGCCGCCGUCAUCACCAUCCUGGAGGUCUUCAUGCUCGUGCAGUACCAGCGCUGGGUCAACCCCAGCGCCUACGAGACCGUCCGCUCCUACACCAUCCCGCUCAACGUCGGCCUGUUCGUCUUCGGCUGCUGGUGGCAGCUGCUCCUCACCACCGACGCCCUGCGCCUGCGCAACAACAUCCAGCUGUUCGCCCUGUGCCUCGCCAACGCCUGCCUGUUCGGCGUCAACAUCAUGCGCUACUACCAGACCGAGGAGACCAACGACCUGCUCAAGACCGCCACCGACGACGACGGCGACAGCCUCGUCAAGACCGCCGUCAGCUACUGGCCCGUCGUCAAGCCCGCCCUCAAGACCUCCAUCGGCUGGGUCGGCGUCUCCACCCUCGGCAUGUCCGGCCUGGCCUACAAGCUGCACAACGACUUCGCCUGGGAGAUUUACAAGCACGUCAGCGCCGACGUUGCCCUGCGCAAGCGCUACCUCGCCUACCAAGUCUUCCUCGUCCUCAUGAAGCUCGGCGUCUACUUCUUCAUCGCCUUCCUCGUGCUCUACGGCGUCAUCAACGUGCACUACCAGAUGCCCGAGUUCGCCAUCGUCAUGGCCCUCAUCCCCGCCGCCCUGCUCCAAAUCUCCCUCGCCGUGUGGUGCACCCGCUCCGAGAUCCGCACCGGCAUGGCCGUCGUCAUCCUCCUCUUCAUCGCCGCGGUCGGCUACCUCAUGUCGCGCGUCGCCGCCAUGGGAGGCAACGGCGCCCGCGCCGACACCCUUCUGAAAGACGAAAUGAUGCUGUUCGCCAUCGUCGCCUGGCUGUUCGUGCUCGCCACCCUCGUCACUGCCAUACAGUGCAUGGUCAAUUUCAACCACGGGCUGAAGCCCAUUUUCAAGCGCCAGGAGGGCGCCCAGAAGCUCCAGGACAGCGACGAGGAGUACAGCCUGGAUGCGAUGAAGGCGCGGAGAUUUACCAUGGACUGA